AUUACUUCCUUUUCCUCCAUUCUUCCAACCCCAACUCCCGUUGCCAUCCAUAAUGGAGGACAACCACGUAAGUGAACAUCCUCCCGAAAGCACAACGCCAGCAAGUCAUCUCUUCGACUCCAUCGACUCAGAAGGUGGUGCUGCCGAUGACCCCUUUGCUCAGUUCGGUAGCGAACAGGAUGACUAUGCACCACAGCGCCAAGUACAAGAGGAAGAACAUAAACCAGGCUUUCAAGCAACUACAGAAGGAGAAGCUCCGACCCCAGUCGCCCAAGUGGAAGGGAGCAGGACACCAAUUCCGGCAAAUGUCUUAGAAAAGCAAACUGAAGAGAAGGCAGCAUACGCACCAGAAGAAACCGAAGAAGUUCAGGGAGGCGGAAAAACCCAGGAAUUUAUUGGAGAGCAGCAAGGAAGCCACAUCACUUCUUCUCCUGUACAGGAACCUACAGCCGGCCACUUGUUUGGUCCUGUCAGUGAUGGCUCCGGUGAAGACCUAUUCGCGCAACUCGCUGAAUCAGAAAAAGACGAGUUCACGCAGCCAGAACAGAGUCAGGAUAUAUUGAAAAGCGAGGGGAUAGAUCAAUCAGAAGCCCAAGGGCAAACCGAAGUAUCUGUGCCACAUGAAGAAAAGGACUACAGUGAUCUGUUGGCUGAGUUUGAGGCUGAGAAUGGUAUGCUGGAACCACCUAUAGGAGGACCAGUCAAAUCACACUCGGAAAGCAAAGGAGAAGGGAUUCAAUCCCUCCUGGGUCAAUCAGAUACCAAAAAUGAUCAGACACCGGCUGCUUCGUCUCUCUUCAUCGACGACCCAAAUGAUUCUGUUUUUGACAAUAUCAUACCUGAGUCCGACUCCGAACCGCAAGAAGCACCCCUGUCGACCACUGCCGGCACGUUAACUAACCCGUCUAUUCAGGGUCUAUUCUCCAACGAUACAACUGAUUUUUUGAAUCAGGGGCAGAUCAUCACGGAAGCGCAGGAGGCGGGAGGCUUGGACCAGAGUGGCGUCGAGCCUUUGGAUUUCGACAUUCCUCAAGGAUGGUACGACGACGAUGGUCAAUGGCAGUGGUAUACUGAGGAAGAGAAGGAGCAAGUCAAAUUCGCGAUGAUGGGUCCUACCAGUUGGCAGGAGACCGAACAGGCACCACCGCCCUUGACCGCGGGUGCCGGAGCUACCCUUACACCGGUUGUUCCUCGAAGCCCAGCCCUCCAAUCUCAAGCUGCAAUGUCAGAGAAUGCUGCCCGCCGCACCCCUCAGCCCGAACCCAUUGCGGCUUUCGACUCGAGCAUAUACGAGCCACCGGUCCCUGCGAGUACUCAGCUUGCCACAAGCACAGCGUCCUACUUCCCUGCUAAUCAAUCAGGGUAUACGAGUGCUCCUCCGGCCAAUGUCCCUCCCCAGGUUACCCGUUCAGCGACUCUCCCCGCCAGCAGUUUCAGUGUAACUGCGGCCGCGCCUAGCCCACACGUCUCUUCAAACCCCAAAUCAUAUAAUGCCUAUGAUCCACCUGUUUCAACCAAGCCCUAUCACCACCGUUCAUAUGCGCCAGCUACUCAGCCUACGCCUUCUCCAUACAACCCCGCCUCUUUGGGUAAUGUGUUUACCUCGCCUACGGACGCCACGCUCGCCAAGUCUGAGCCUCCUAAGCCUCGACCUCAGCCCCAGCGAGCAGUGUCAACAGCGUACGAUCCUCCAUUUCUGAGGACCCAGGAGAAGAUAUCACGACCUGCUUCAGCAGUUUCCACAGGUGUCAGCUCGGCGUUUGGUGUGUCGCCUAUUGUGCCGUCUCAUCAGAUACAAGCUCCCCCUCUUCCGCCGUCGGGACCACCCAAGCGAUCUAAGGGGGAGAGUAGACCGCCUAGUCGCGGUCCGGCUUUCGCACCUCCUCCCAUCACUCCCUUUGGGUCGCCCCCUCCCGUUCCGCCUUUAUCCGUGCCUCCUUCAGGCCCGCCUCGACGACCUACUGGGACUAGUAGACCUCCCAGUCGAGGCCCCGCAUAUGCGCCUCAUCCUAAGCCUCAAAGUUCAGUUCCACCGGUUCCGCCUUUGCCUACUCUUCCGGUUGAGGUGCCUGGGUCGCAUACUGAGGAUAAUUCAGUAGCCCAUGGCCGGGACUCUUUGAACUUCCCUGGCUCUUCCGAGGUUAAUGAACCGUCUUUCACCCGUCCAAACGUUUGCUCUCCUGAGGGCGGGGAUGAAGAUAGACCACCCAGUCGAGGCAGUCAAGCCAUUUCCCCAUCCCUUGCUCCACAUACGUUGUCUGUAUCUGCGGAGCCAAUUCAAGCUCCUCCUUCUGCCCCCCCUGGACAGUCGAUUGGUACUACGGAGUUACGUGGUCAUAAUCAAACAUCUGCGCCAUCUCCAAUGACUCAUAUUCCCGCUUCAUCUUUAUCGGAAAAACCAACUUCUUAUGCUCCCCCGGAGUUUCAACAGAAAGCGCAACAGCCUCAGCCAAGCUCCUAUGAACAGGUUCCUUACACCCACGACGGGUGGGAGGCAGAUAGAAGCUUAAUAUCAGCGCAGCUGAGCUCUUACGAGCCCACUCCUCACGCUCCCUCUGAUUCUCAUUCUGAUCAUGAGGCGGAAACAUUCAAAGCCAUUGCUAGUGCUCCGGCAGCUGAGUCAUACGAGCCGAGCUCUUACGCUCCUACGCAGUCUGAUUACUAUAAGCCUGGCCCCGAGGCUACCACUCAGCCCACCUCUUACAAGCCGGACCCCUACGCACCUUCAUCCACCAGCGCCGUGGGUUUACAAUCUCAAUCUAGCCCUUAUGCCCGUACUACGUCUCCUGCCCAUAGCUCAGCUUAUGGUACUUCUCCUCCCACCAAUCACAUUCCGUCGAUGGCAGCUUCAGGGAACACUUUUGUACACGCGCCAUAUGCUGGCCAAAGUGCAUAUCAGUCUCAGAACGAGAGUUCUGUUCGGCAGUCGAAUCUAUCCAUGAAUCGUUCAUCUAUGCCAUCUUCUACGUCAUUAUAUGUACCUUCGCAAUCUUCAAGCAACUACAAUCCCGUGGGGUCGCCGGCCCAAAGCCCUACAUAUGGCAUGUCUCCGCCCUCAACCAACUACUUCCAGUCCAUGCCUGCCCAACGCAGUGCCUCUAUUGAUACAUCGUAUGUUCCUCAACAAGUACUCGAACAGAAGCCUAUCAGUGAAGACCCUCUCGCACGAACAACCCUUGCUUCUCGCAACGCUCCCAUUGCCGUCUUUGGUUUUGGCGGCGUCUUGAUCACUGCUUUCCCAGGUGCAUCAGAAUCCGAUAAUUUUGCCAAGGGCCACGCUCGCAUACCAUCGUACGGCUACGCUUCCGGCAGAGGUCAGCUGUGGAUUAGGAAUAUUUCUGAGGUAGUGGCGCCUGGUGCUCUGAAGAGCGACCAGUCUGCUUUCCCAGGGCCUUUGGUGAACGAUAUUUCUGGACCCAAGGGUGCUGCGGGUGAGAAAAAGAAGAAGGAAGCUGUUUUGGCAUAUUUGCGUGACAGGGCGGAGGAAGUCGAGAGGGGUUUGCCUUACUUGAAGUCCUCAGCUAGUCGAGCACGGCGCGAGGAUGAGGGUAGACUUGUUCUGCUGAGAUUAUUGGAGGCGUUGGUCAUUGGAGAGGGUAAAUUGGCUGGAAAUCCCAAGGUUGAGGAUGCUAUACGAGUGGCCUUGUCGAACCCCUCAUCUCCAAAUGUUCCCACUGCGCCGGGGCAUGUAACCACCCUGUCCAAUGGUCUUUACCCUUCAACGUCUUCCAAGUCCGCUUCCCCUGUUGCAGCCAACCCCUCUCAGUUAAGCCGCUUGUCUACCCUGCUUGCCCAAGGCCAGAAAAAGGAAGCAGCUGAAUACGCGAUCGACCAUGGUCUUUGGUCACAUGCUUUGGUGAUCAGUAGCGCUGUCGGUGCCGAAUUGUGGAAGGAUACCGUGAUGAGGUUCACAGCGGCAGAGUUGAGUGCUAGGAGCGAAGGUACUGCCGGUAUCAGGGCUUCAUAUGCUCUUAUCGGGGGCAUGAGCCAUUCUUCUUUGGACGACUUGAUCAAUGCGGCUACAAUCACGGAAGAUCCAUCCCAGGACCAAUGGCGAGAGGUGAUUUCUUCAGUUCUAUUCCAUGCCAAGCCUGCCGAUCUUGCUUGUCUCGAUGAACUGGGGUCAAGAUUCCUCCAGAUGGGCCUGGUCAAUGCAGCUCAUGCUUGCUUCCUGCUCUCGCCGCUUUCGCCUUUCUUGGAUACAACACCUGCGUCCUAUGAGCGUGGUAUCAUGAUGACCCACAAUACUCGAGACGAAGAAUCAACCAUCUUUGUUGAGAUUGCUGAAUAUGCCAGGAGUUUGGUACCUGUCCCAAAGGGUCAGGAGCAGAUCACUGUGGGCUUACCGCAGCUCUUGCCGUACAAACUUGCUAGGGCAUGGCGGUUAGCUGAGUUGGGUGAGGUUGCUUUAGCGAAGAGAUACUGUGCCGCUAUUGAAGCCGGCGCGAAGCCCUUGACUAAGAGUGCCCAGAUUCAGUCUCUUCUCCCUCCCGCCUUUAUGGCCAGCCUUGAAGAUCUUCUCGAACGAUUGACCGGUACCCCUUCAAUUGACCCCGCCAAUGUGUUGGGUGGUGGCCGCAAAUCAAGUAAACCAGGCUUUGACAAACUUGGGUCUUGGAUUGAAGGUCGCUUGACCAAGUUUAUCGCUGGCGAAGAAGGUGAAAAGGCGAUUCCCAAGCCGGCUGCAUCAAGUGGAAAGGCGGAGGGACCGUUUGCUCAUUUUAGCUCCGUUUCGCCAGACCCGUCUGGGUCGAUCUCUCGAAACCCUUCUAUGGCCGAUGUCGGUAGUUACAGCGCAUCCAAUGGGUUCUUGGGUGUACAACCGAUGUCUCGAACCACCUCUCCAGCUGUUCAGGGCCAAUACAACCCUUACGGCCAGCAAUCACAACCUUACGGCGCACCGCCCAAGAGCACUUUAGAUGUUCGCUCCUUGUCUCCUGCUACCUCACAUUCCGCCCAAGCACACAACAACCUUUACACCUCUCAGUCCCAACCUUCCAGCUCUACUAGUUCAUCUUAUGGUGACUCGCAGGGUCGCCGUACUGACUUUGGAGGAGGCUUCACCCCGUGGGCCAGCAACGCAGGAUCAGAGGUGCAGGCGGAAGACGGAGAAAUGACCCCGCAUGCUUAUGAGGCGCCCGUCGGAGACGACCAGGCCGAAUUUAUAACUCCCAUGGCUGGGCUUUCGAUAGGCCCGAGCACGUCUGGUACCCUCAAUUAUACACCUCGGGCCUCUCAGCCUGCUUACGAUCUAGGCGACGAAGGUGAAGAUCUUGGAUUUGGAAAUACGUCAUUGUCUAAGGGAAGGCCCACGAAGACGGUCGGUGAAGGAGAAGGCAAGGGCGAGGCGAGCGGGGGCAAGCCUACCAAGGGAGGUAAGGAGGAACCCAAAAAGGAAGAGCCUACUCAGCCCGCGAAACAAGAGCAACAUCAAUCAUCGUCGUGGCUUGGGAGGUUAUGGGGAAAGAAGGAAGGUGGUCCGGUUAAAGCAAACUUGGGUGAAGAGACAUCUAUGGUGUACGAUCCUGACCAGAAAAGAUGGGUAGUCAAGGGCGCAAAGGGUGCUUCUGCAGCUCCUGCAGCUCCUCCUCCGCCACCCCGAGCCCAAACCGCCUCGCCAUCCCACACAUCCCGCCCCGCACCCUCCACCCGUGCCAUGUCGGCUGCCCCUCCUCCUCCCGGCCCCAGCUCCAGUGACGGAUCCUUCAGUACAUUGCCUCGUUCAGCCAACGUUCCCCCGCCUCCUGCGGGGAUGUCAGCGUCCACAUUUGCUGAAGGUCCUGAUGGUGGGAUCAGGCGGAUGAAGUCGAGUUUGACAAUGAGUCAAGGACAAGGGCCUCCCUCUGGGCCUUUGUCCGGUCCACCUUCCGGUCCGCCGUCACAACCUCCCAGCAGGACAUCGUCGGCGUCGGCGACUUCGGCGUCCCUUGAUGAUUUGCUGUCUGGCUCGAGACCCGCUAGUAAGAGGCCUGGAUCGGCUAUGAAAAAGGGAGCGAGGAAUAGAUAUGUGGAUGUCUUCCAAUCCGAGGGAUCGUAAGCUGGUAAAGAUGAAAGCCAAAAUGGAGAAUGGUUCGGGAGGGAGUGGAAAGUUUGCAAAAGGAAUACUGGGAAUGAUAAGAUGAAUCGUAGUAUUUUACAGUACUCUUAAUGAUCGGGUGCUUGAUAUACGGCUAUGGUAUGCAGCAAAUGUGUCUUGCUUAAUGAUUAACACUUGAAAGAGUUGCUGGAAAGAUGAUGAUUGAUUUAAGUCGACGGCAGUGCGAA